GAGUACAAAUGUAAUGAACAACAAGAAACAAAGUGGUAGUCGGGUGAGAAUAAAAGACACAGAAAGAACAAGUAAAUAUAUAACAGUAGGAAAGAGAGGUAUCAGCAACAGCUGUCAUUUCUGGACUAGCAAAGUGUUAUCGUCGCUCUUGAAUCAGUUUUCCUGGCUGAGAGCCGGGAUCUUUGGCUGUCAAAACACGAAGAACUGGUUUGAGAUUAAGCCCCGGCUCUGAACCAGCCCUCGAGCUGUCAUGCUGGAAGAGAGCAGGUGAACAUGGAGGAAAAUAUGGACGUCGACAGUCUUAUUCAACACAUUGAACGAGACACGGAGGCCACAUCAUUUCCCUUCUCGGUCACCGACGACUGGAGGGAGGACGGGAACGAGACCACUGGGAAUCAGUUCCAACAGCCAGACUGGCAGGUGGCUCUGUGGGCUAUAGCCUACACCCUAAUCAUCGUGGUGUCCAUCACUGGAAAUGUCACAGUCAUCUGGAUUAUCCUCGCUCACCGACGCAUGAGGACCGUGACCAACUACUUCAUCGUCAACCUGGCCUUCUCCGACGUCUCCAUGGCAACCUUCAACACCCUUUUUAACUUUGUCUAUGCACUUCACAACGACUGGUACUUCGGUCUGGGCUACUGCAGAUUUCAGAACUUUUUCCCCAUCACUGCAAUGUUUUCAUCAAUAUACUCCAUGGCUGCCAUCGCGGUGGACAGGUAUAUGGCCAUCAUCCACCCUCUGAAGCCCCGCCUCUCCUCCACCUCCACAAAGGUCGUGAUCGCUGUGAUUUGGAUCGUGGCGGUUUCAUUGGCCUUCCCUCAGUGCUACUACAGCGUGACCAGGUUUUAUUACCCCAGGACCGUGUGCAUGGUCAACUGGCCUGAUGAUUACGGAGGAAAACAUCAACUGAGUUACCAGUUUGCAUUGAUAUUGCUGAUCUACGUCCUCCCUCUGCUGGUGAUGCUGGUGACCUACAGCUUGGUCGGCCAAACACUGUGGGGCGGACACAUCCCAGGGGAGGCAACGGAGCAUUACCACAGCCAGAUGACAGCCAAGAGAAAGGUGGUGAAGAUGAUGGUUGUCGUGGUGGUGACCUUUGCCCUCUGCUGGCUGCCCUACCACACCUACUUCAUACUGGGAUCCUUCAACAGAGACAUUUAUAAACAACAUUACAUUCAGCAGGUGUACCUGGCCAUAUUCUGGCUGGCGAUGAGUUCCACUAUGUACAAUCCUAUAAUUUACUGCUGUCUAAACCAAAGGUUCCGUGCUGGUUUCCGUCACGCCUUUGCUUGGUGUCCCUUCAUCAAAUUGUCGGAGGAGGACAAGAUGGAGCUGCGGCACACACACACCUUCAGAGUGACCAUGACACGCAGCAACCGCAACGACGCCUCGUACACACGAGCCUCCAUCAAGACAAGCGCCCUCGACUCAGACAUCAAAACUGAGCUGAACCCGGAGAGCGACGCUUCUGUGCGUCUUGACAAAUGCACGUCGGCGAACAACACACACGGGGUGAAGAGUCUGGAGGACCCAAAAUCAGCAGCCGACAAACUUAUGGAGCACAACCAGUGAAGUCAGGAUGAGGCAAUUCUUAGUGGGAAGACAGCAGGGCUCUUCUGCAGAGCUGAACUCCACAAAGAGGCCACCGACAGCCAAUCAGAGCGGUACAAACUGUGCCAACGUUCAUCCACCUGGACAGGAAGGGAUGUGUUGUCCACGUGACCUGGGAAUAGGAACAUGUUUUUAUAUAAACUACUCAAUGUGAAUUAGAAGCUGUUGCUGUUAAUGCCAACAUGGUCAUAUUAAACAUGUGAAAACACAUCUGCACACUGAAUAAAUGAUCAGCUGAUUCUGGCAGUGUUGGCAUUUGCUGCUGAGUCUGUAUAUAAAUCCCUCCAUCUUUCAUCUCUUUCUCUUACAGCUCCCAUGCUCCAUCUUCUAAAUCCUUCCGUCACUGUUUGCUUUUCUUCUUCCCUCUCUUUUAAAGAAAAGCUGCUAACUAUGAUGUUCUAUUGUAAGUGUAGUGUAGUUCUUCUUAAAUGUCACCGUCACGUCAAGAAGUGUGUCUCGCUUAUGUUGUGAUUUCACUGGUUCAGACUUCUGUAAUAUUUCUCAUGGUCAGUGAAGAGUCCUGAUUAAAUGUUAAGUGCUGCUACUGAAUCUGUUGUGAAAUGUAACAUUGACAUCUACUGAGAAUAUUCAUGUGAAAUAUGCUGAUGAAGUGCAAAUGUAAAUAUAUACAAUUGGUGUGAUGGUUGCACAUUUACAGUCAGGUCAUUAUCUAAAUAAAAGAACAAUAUAAAAAGAAAAAGAACC